GCUUGAGGCAGAAAUGCGGUUACUUUAGCUAUCAAUGGAUGAGGGUAACAUUGCUAUGGCAAUUGUCAACAGUCCCGUAAAUUUAUUCGGAGUUUCCUUGUGUGCUUUACUGCUUGCUGCAUCUCUGUAUGUUCUGAGAAGCUGGCUAAGAUCAAGUAAGCUGGAACAAAAUGAGGAGAAACGGAAGUUGUUGCCAAGAAUGAAGAACCGUGACUUCUAUGUCGGAGAUCUAACCCCAUUCAAUGGAAUUGAUAAUGAGCGAAUUUUGAUUGGAGUGAACUUCAAAGUUUUUGACGUUACAAAUAGAGGCAGGGACUUUUAUGGACCAGAUGGACCAUAUCAUUGUUUUGCUGGAAAAGAUGCUUCAAGAGGCCUUGCUACUAUGUCACUAGAGUCAUCCACCAAGGAAGAUUUCGACGAUCUGAAGGAUCUCAGCUCGUCUGAAUUAGAUCAGUUGAAUGAAUGGGAAAUGCAGUUUAAAGGUAAAUACGAAUAUGUUGGGCGUCUUCUGGGCCCCAAUGAGAAGCCAAAGGAUUACAGUGAAACAGAAGAGUCCAGUGGCAUUCCAGAGUAAUAAUAAUAAAAUUGUGAGGCUUUUUUGAGUGUAAAUCUUGAAACAAGAAUUUAUCUCAGGUCUUUUUUGCUUCUGGCCCAAAAUUGCGUAUCACCGCAUCUUUUGCAAACACAGUUAAUUUUAUUUAUGCAAGCAGAUUCGGACUGUUUCAAUUCUGAGUCCAUUUGCAUUAUGAGACUUGCAAAUAUGGGUGGAAUAAGUCAAAAGACCCUUUAUAUCUUCUAUUGUACUCAGGAUUAUUUUAAUGAUGUAUUUAUUUAUGAACUUGUGCUUGUGUUUGCCAGUUAUAGUUUUACUUGAUCUAAUAAUUCCAUUCGCGAUUUGUAUAUGAGUGUUUUACAAAUGAAAUUGAAGAAAUUAAAUAGA